UCUUGGUUACAAAAUAUUUAUUUUAAUUUUUAGUUUUUGCCUGUCACCUGAAAGGUCAGAUGUUCAUUUACAAGAUUCCAUCAUUUCAGAUUUUAGUAUGCCCUCCAAAGUGCAAUUGCCUCAACAGCCUGGAAACACAAAUACUCUUCAUUUUCAUGAAAGACAACAUCAGGCUCUUUCACCAGAAAUAGAACGGGUACUACCUACUAUUUUGUCAGAGAAAAAAUCAAGUACUUCUAAUUUCAAUAAGAAAUGGGAUUUUUUUGUUAGUAGCAAUGAUAGUAAAAAAGCAACUAACCUCAGUGCCUAUCAUUCCGAUGAUGAAGCGGAUGAAAUGAAGCCUUUUCUUGGGAUAUUUGAUGGGAUUUUCUAAAAGAAGCAAACAAGAUGCUGCAUGUGUUAUAUUAGUAUUAUAAAAGGUGAAAAUAGACUGUGAUAACUUAGAAAUAAUUAAUUUAUGGUUCAGAUUUUUCUCAAAAAUUUAACAGUUUUAUUACCUUCAUUGUAAAGGAUUUAACUGUUUUAUCUUUCCAUUUUAAAAUUUAACCUUUUAAAAUUAAUUUUAUGAUGGCUUUAUUUCAGGAAGUUAAUAAUUAUAUAGUACUUAGAGAAGAAUUAUUUGGUGAUUAAUUUAUAUUUGAUAGAAUUUUGAUUGCAGCCACUUUUUCAAUUUAUGCUCACAUUUAUGGAAGUGAGAGAAAAGGUGAUCGCUAAAGUCACAGGUAGUGGGUAGUUCAUAUAUUUUGCCUAUAAUUUAUAGAUUGUUUAGCAGUGUAAUUCAUGUGUCUUUCCUCAAAAGGUUUGAAGCGGGACAUUUCUGAUUGAAUACCAUAAUAUAAUAUACUGAGUAAUAAGUAAAAAUAUUAAA